AUGCCUCCUCUCGCGCCUCGUCUAGCCGGCCUCGAUUCGGCCUCGACGCCUUGCUCCGCUCGUCAUGCUCUACGCCGGGCCACCGGUUCUCAGCGGGCCCUCCCCCUCCCUCUCCCCCUCCUCCUCUUACUCAUCUUCAUCAUCCUCCUGCUGGCGCAUCGGUCUUGUGCCGCCACGUCUGUCUCUGUCGGCACUUGUGACAACAUGCCUCGACGACACGCCGGUUGCCUGGACUGGCCCGAUUCGACGUCUCUUCGUCUCCGGGCGCCCGUCCAGUCUGUCCGCGCCCCACCGCCCCCUCGAAUAGAUGCCCCCGAGGGGUCGGCUCCACCUCGCAGGCCUGCCAUGCCGGCUGACCUGGUCCUCCGGCCCGACUACCCCACUCUCCCGCACUCACGACACCAGCCGACCAACUUGUCGCCCGCCUCCGGUAACAAAGCCCAGCUCACGGGAUGUGUCGUCUUGACGACCAACUCGGCAGAAUCACAGCCUUCGCCGUCGUCGCCGUCGCCGUUGGCAGGCUCUCCGGCUCGUGUCUGGCGAUUCUUGGAGGCGGUGCGUAACGAUGCCUACGAGACGGGCGCAUCUGCGGUCGUGACGGAGACGGCGGCCGGUGGACGUCGGCGAUUGGCGGCCAAGCGAAGUUUGCUGGAGGCAUGUCGACCGGCCGUGACUGUUCGAACGCCCCCACCCUCUCGGCCGCCCCCAUCCCCGACAAACGCAUCCUCCCUGCCGCCGGGUCUCGGCUCGUCUUCUUCUGCCGCUUCACUCCCCUCCGCCGCACCCUCCUCGCCCUCCCCACCCUCUUCACCCUCGUCAGCCUCGUCAGCCUCGUCCGACUCGUGUCGCCUCCUCGUUCCCACUCCCCCCGGCCUGUCUGGGUCUCUCGUCGCUUCCGGCCAAACAGCCGGCUCCCCCACCUCUCUGUUGCCGCCCGUCUCCGAGAAGAAGCGACUUCGCGGCGAGCCUGACAACUCGAGGCUGGACUCGGCCCUGUCAUGCCCUUUUCGUCUGCUUCUCCCCUCGACACCGAUCCCGACAACACCGGCGCCAACAUCGAGACUCGAGUCGGUCUCUGGGGCUCCGGACGCGCUGGUGCUCAAUCUGUGGCCGGCUUCGCACAACCCUCUCGAGAGGACACUGUUUCCCGCGGUCCGUUGCCAGGUGAGUCAUUUCACGACGCACACACUCUGUCAGUAG